AUGGAGCUGUCUGUGAACGUCGAGCCUGAAAGGCACGGACCGGUCGACGUUGAAGACAUCAAGAGGGACCUGUCGUCCGAGUUCAGCGUCGCACAGACUUCCUGCUCCAGGGACGGCGGAGAGCACCUCCAGGUUUACCUCCGGGUCCGACCUUUCACCUCAGCAGAGAGCACCAGCGGAGAAUCUCAGGACUGCGUCAGCAUCGAGCCGCCCGACACGGUGCUGCUGAAGCCGCCGCGUCCCGCCAGCGCCGACCGGUGCUCCACGCAGACCGGGCAGCGCUUCCAGUUCUCUCAGGUGUACGGCCCGGACGCCACCCAGAGGCAGCUGUUCCGGGGCACUGUCCAGGACCUGGUGAAGGACGUCCUCCGGGGGGAGAACUCCCUGGUCUUCACAUAUGGAGUCACCAACGCAGGGAAGACCUUCACCUUCUUGGGUCCCGACGGCGACGAGGGCGUCCUGCCGCGCACGCUGGCGCUCAUUUUCAGCAGCAUCCGGCGGCAGAUCUUCCCGGGGACGAGCAUCAAGCCGCACCGCUGCCGCGAGUUCACCAGGCUGAGCCGGGAGCAGCAGGACCGCGAGGCGCUGUUCAAGAGGAGCCUGCUGCGGCAGCUGAAAGAGAGUGAUAAGAGCAGCUCCAGCCUUCUGAACUGCAGCAGCAGGAGCGACUCUGGAGGCUCGUCCUCGUUGGGGCUGGACGUGUCCUCGGAGGAGGACUCGGUCCUGGAGCUGGACGCGGGCAGCAGGUUCUCCGUCUGGGUCUCCUUCUGCGAGAUCUAUAACGAGAACAUCCACGACCUGCUGGAGGCCGUCCCCUGCGGCGCCGCCAGGCGUCCCGCGCUGCGCCUGUCCCAGGACGUCAAGGGGAACCCCUUCGUCAAAGAUCUGCGCUGGGUCCAGGUCAACAGCGCCGAGGAGGCGCACUGGGUGAUGAAGCUGGGCAAGAGGAACCAGAGCUUCUCCUCCACCCGCCUCAACCAGCUGUCCAGCAGGAGUCACAGCAUCUUCUCCAUCCGGGUUCUGAGGAUCGAGGACGUCGGAACUCCGAGGGUUCAGACCAUCAGCGAGCUGUGUCUGUGUGACCUGGCCGGCUCUGAGCGUUGUGGAAAGACCCAGAAUAAAGGCGAGCGCCUGAAAGAAGCUGGGAACAUCAACACGUCUCUGCUCAUUCUGGGGAAAUGCAUCAACGCCCUGAGACACAACCAGAAGGCCAAGCUGUCCCAGCACGUCCCCUUCAGAGAAAGCAAGCUGACGCACUACCUGCAGGGCUUCUUCUGCGGCCACGGCAAGGCCUGCAUGAUCGUCAACAUCAACCAGUGCGCCUCCAUGUACGACGAGACGCUCAACGUGCUCAAGUUCUCCGCCGUGGCCCAGAAGGUGGUGGUGCUGUCCUCCAGACCGCCGCCCGUCACGGCCCAGAGGUCGUCAGACGAGCUGUCCUUCAUCAUCAACGGCUCCGACGGGGAGGGGCGGGGCCAACCCAGGAGGAGCUCUCUCAUUGGCUGGGAGAGCAGCCUGGAGGACGUCCAGGAGGACGAGGAUGAUGAUGACGAGGAGGAGAUGGAGGAGACGGUGAUGGAGGACACGCUGAAUCAGAGCGACGGCGAAGACGAAAAAAUCGUCGUUUCUAGAAAAACACACCAGACGCAGGUGGCGCUGCUGCGGCGGCUGGAGGAGCAGCUGCAGGCGGAGCGGGCCCAGGCGCUGCUGAUGGAGGCGCAGGUCCGAGAGGACAUCAGCCGCGAGUUCUCCGAGCUCUUCUCCCAGAUGCAGAGCGACUACAACGAGCGUCUGGAGAGAGAGACCAAGAUCCUGGAGGAGCGAGCAGAGCGCCGGCUGGAGAUCUUCAAGAAGCUGGUCCACAAGAUGUCUGGAGACGGGACGGCCACGGAGGACACGGUGGACUCGUCCCGGUUGGACCUGAGCAGCGUGGCGACUCCUGCUGAGGAGGGGGGUGUGUUUGGGAGGCCGGAGGCGCCAUCAGGAGCUGCUGCACUCGGAGGUGAAGUCCCAUGUGAAGACGGCAGAGUGGAGGACGAGGACAGGCUCCGAUUAGAGUCUCAGCUGGAGGACAAGUGUUCAGAAGUUCUGCGUCUGCAGACACGAGUGUCGGAGCUGCAGGAGAGGCUGGAUCAGGAGUCUGAGAGGUCAAAGGAGGCCGUCGCUGCUCUGGAGAAGGAGAAGGAGGAGGUCCAGAGGAGGCAGGAGGAGGCGGAGCUUACUCUCAAACAGCAGCUGACUGACGUGACCGACAGGCUGGAAGCUGCAGAGCGACGGGUGGAGCUGGAGGCGCAGAGGGCCCGGCAGGCGCUGACUCGGCUCCAGGCCGCCCAGAAGCAGCAGGAGGAACAGACGGAGCAGAUGGACGCUCUGAGCCUGGAGCUGGAGAGGCUGAAGCAGCAGCUGCAGGCGUCCAGCGUCUCCUCCGCCUGCGAGGCGGACCAGCUGAGGGAGCAGGCGGCAGAGCUCCACAAGGCUCUGGACCAGGAGAGACGGCAGCGGGAGGACCUCACCCUGCAGCUGCAGCAGCUGGAGGAGGCCCGGCAGCUCCAGCAGCAGCUCCAGGAGGGCGGAGCCAACGCUCCAGACACGCCCUCCAGCUGCCAGGAUGAAGACCUGAGGAGGAGGAACGCUGAGCUCCAGGCUGAGCUCUCCUCUCUGAGGAGCACAGUGUCCCGUCUGGAGGACUCCCGCAGGGCCGCAGAGCUGGAGCAGACUUUAGCUCGGCGCGAGGCCGAGCUGCAGGAGAAGGAGCAGCUGCUGGCGUCUCUGCAGGAGAAGCAGGAGCAGGAGGAGAGCCAGGCUGUCCAGGAGGCGCGGCGCCGGGAGGUGGACCGGCGCAGGGAGCUGCUGGCUGCAGCGCAGGACGCCCUCGCUCUGAAGGAGGAGGAGCUGCAGAGGAACGUCCAGGACAUCAACAGGCUGAGAGGAGACGCAGCGCAGGAGGCUGAGAAGGUCCGGAGUCUGAGCCUGGAGCUGCAGAGGAGGGAGGAGGAGGCGUCCGACCUGCGGGAGAAACUGGCCGACUACAGGAAGCAGGUCCAGCAGGUUCACAAGGAGGUUUCAGGGAUGAGGGAGGAGGAGAAGACUCUGAGGCAGAAGCUCGCCGACACGGAGAAAAGCAGGAAGCAGCUCCAGAGCGACCUGGGCCUCCGGGACCGAACCAUCCAGCAGCUCCGCACGGAGCUGACCUCCGGCGCCAGGUGUGAGCAGACGGACCAGCUCUACCUGAAGGCCCGCCAAGACCUGCAGGCGAAGGAGCGCGUGGUGGAGGACAUGCGCCUGGCGCUGACGGAGCAGGAGGUCACGCAGGAGCAGAUGGAGGAGGCGCUGGAGGAGAAGCUGGUCCUGGUGCAGGAGCUCUCCGCCGAGUUGGAGAAGCUGAAAGCGAUGCUGUCGCAGCAGGAUCACGACGACAGAAACACGCCAGCCAAGCGAGCCGGCGGCCAAUCGGAGGAGGCGGCUGGAGCCCAGGACCGCCUGCAGGCGCAGGCGGAGAAACACCAGGAGGAGCGGCGGCGGUGGCAGGAGGAGAAGAUGUCCCUGAUGGGCCAGGCCAAAGCCGCAGAGGAGCGCCGGAACCAGGAGAUGAGGAAGUUCAUGGAGGACCGGGAGCGAUACAGCCGGCAGCAGAGCCAGCUGGAGUCUCAGCUGGCCGAGAAGCAGCAGACGAUGGACGCCUGGAAGAAGGACCGAGACGUCCUGGUGUCUGCGCUGGAGGUCCAGCUGAGGACGCUGAUCAGCAGCCAGGCGGAGAAAGACAAAACCAUCCAGGAGCUGAGCCGCAGUCACCCAGAGGCGCCAGCAGAGGCUGCUGCUGCGGAGCUGCAGGCGGCCCUGGCUGAGAGAGACGCUGAGAUCCUGAGACUGAAGGACGAGCUGGAAGCUUCCAGAACCCCGCAGGCUAAAAGUCCCGCGGCGGCCGUGAACCCUCCGAGCGAGUCCGUGGCGUCCGGGCGGAGCGACGCCCGGGCCUCCGUCAGCAGUCAGGGCUCCUCCGGCUGUCCGUCCGUCCUGGAGUCCUCGGAGAUCUCCACGGAGAACGGCCGGGCCAGGCGCUUCCCCCAGCCCGAGCUGGAGAUCUCCUUCAGCCCGCUGCAGCCCAACCGCAUGGCGCUGCGGCGGCAGGGCCAGCGGGACGCCGUCACCGUCAAGAUCACACGGUCCGGGCGCAAGAGGAAGAGCGGCGAGAUGGAGAAGUGUCACAUUUUCAGGAGGAGUAAACGACGACCAAAACUCGAGGACGACGUGGAGGCUGAGAACAGAAAGAACAACAGAAGCAAGCUGACGCCGCACAAGGAGGAGUCGGAGUCCCAGAGCACCAGAAAAGAAGGAACGCUGCAGAAGAUCGGAGACUUCCUGCAGAGCUCCCCGACUCUGCUCAGCUCCAAAGCGAAGAAGAUGAUGAGUCUGGUGAGCGGCCGAGGAGAUCCAGACGCCACAGCCUCUUCCUCCUCCUCUUCCUCCCUCAGUCUCAGAGUGAAGAAGGGCAGAAGGAGGCUGUACAAGCCUGAGAUCUCCUCCCCCAUGGAGAUGCCCUCCCACCCUAUUAUCAGCAGGGAGCCGGAGGAGAAGGAGAGCGACCAUCAGAUCAUCAAGCGGCGCCUUCGCUCCCGGACGGCCAAAUGAAGCCCGUCUCGUCUUCACCGUCUGAAACGACGCUGCUCGCCCGGCUGCUCGUGCAGGUCAAGCUCCCCCACAGAGUUAGCUCCCGAUGCUAAGCUAAUGUCAUCUCCUGACAUCAUGAAGAAAAGAUUUUAGUUAAAAACGUAGUGUGUGUUUUAGUUCAAAACAUUUAUGUCUUAAACAUCGAUGACGGCAUUAUAUUGUAAUUCCACUUGGUGCCACCAGAUGGCGACCAGCGUCACUGUAAUCUCUUAAUGUUCACUGAUCACCUGGAUCAAAGUGGGAUUCUGUCUCUUUAAAUUCCACAGCACAGACUUGAUCCUGGUUUUUAUAUGUUGUAAUUAGAUUUUCUGGUCUUUGUGGGUUUUUUCUCUGGUCUUUCUACACUCCUGCUGCACUUUAACUCAGACGGCAUGUGACCUCGUUAGCUUCAUGCUAACAGCAUGCUAAUGGGACA